AUGGCGCAAGCCUUUGCUAGCGCUUCUCCACGCUUCGUGGGGGCCGCGGGGCGACAGGAUUCCAGGCGCGACCAUGUCAGCGUGUGCCUGGAUCUGCCGAAAAGGCGGCGAGCCCCGAAGCCCCCUGACAUCUUAGUUCUUGGUGGGGAGUCGACUCCAGAUGAUGUGGGUCAGGGCCUUCCCUACUACAUGCGAAGCCGGAUGGGCCAAGGCCACUGCCGACCACACGACCGAGUUGUCCCCGGGGGCGCUGGCUCUUUGGUGAACGUCGCCAGUGACAUGCCACCAGCAGGAGCCAAACACCUGCCCCCGCCGGAAGAGAACUUGUCUCUCCUGCUACGGCCCAGGUGUGAGAUCCCUCCUUCGCGGCGGGCUUACGUGGCCGAGCCUGUCCCGUUGAUGCACCAGGCACGACGGCUGCGAGGCCCGCCUGCGACUCCGGUUCAGCAGGUCAUGGCACAUCCCGCCGCGCUCGAGGCCCUUCGACCCAUGAUCGAGAAGCACAGGAGCCCUCGUAGUGACAGCUCGCAGACAUCAAAGUCGGCUGUCAUGUCUAUGGUGGAUCAGCUGCCUUUUGCCCGCAUGGACAGAUUAUUGGCCGAGGCGCACGGAGCAGGAUCUGUUACAAUGCGGCCGAAGCCAGCCCACAGGGUGCCCAACUCCGUGGACUUUUCCCCGCACUCCGUUGUGCCAGGGCAAAGAUGA